GCGGCCCCGCCCCGGGGCUCCAUUGUUGAGGCGGCCGCAGCUCUGCUGGCUGCUCAGCUGCGCUCCACUCCGCCCGGGCACCGCAGGCAGGGAGCGAGUGCUGCGAGGCGGUGGCCUGAGCAAUGGAAGAGUUAAUAGUUGAACUUCGUCUCUUUCUUGAACUUCUGGACCAUGAAUAUCUAACAUCGACUGUCAGGGAGAAAAAGGCAGUCAUAACCAACAUUCUGCUGAGGAUACAGUCAUCCAAAGGUUUCGAAGUGAAGGGUCAUGCUCAGAAGCAGGAGCCCACCAGCAGCCUGCCUGCUCCUCCUCAGAUGCCUCUGCCGGAGAUCCCGCAACCAUGGCUGCCGCCUGACAGUGGGCCUCCACCAUUACCAACGUCCUCUCUUCCAGAAGGUUAUUACGAGGAAGCUGUGCCACUGAGUCCUGGGAAAGCUCCUGAAUACAUAACAGCGAAUUAUGACUCAGAUGCGAUGAGCAGCUCAUAUGAAUCCUAUGAUGAAGAGGAGGAAGAUGGAAAGGGCAAGAAAACGCGACACCAGUGGCCCUCCGAGGAGGCCUCCAUGGACCUGGUAAAGGACGCUAAAAUCUGUGCCUUCCUGCUGCGGAAGAAACGUUUCGGCCAGUGGACCAAGUUACUCUGUGUCAUCAAAGACACCAAGCUGCUGUGCUAUAAAAGCUCCAAGGACCAGCAGCCUCAAAUGGAACUGCCACUCCAAGGCUGUAAUAUCAUGUAUAUCCCGAAAGACAGCAAAAAGAAGAAGCACGAGUUGAAGAUUACGCAGCAAGGCACAGACCCGCUUGUUCUUGCCGUCCAGAGUAAGGAGCAGGCAGAACAGUGGCUCAAGGUGAUCAGAGAAGCCUACAGCGGCUGUAGUGGACCAGUGGAUUCGGAAUGUCCUCCCCCGUCAAGCUCCCCAGUGCACAAGACAGAACUAGAGAAGAAACUGUCUUCAGAGAGACCCAGCUCAGACGGAGAGGGUGUCGUAGAAAAUGGAAUCACCAUGUGUAAUGGAAAAGAACAAGUGAAGAGGAAGAAAAGUUCUAAGUCAGAGGCCAAGGGAACUGUAUCUAAAGUGACUGGGAAAAAAAUCACCAAGAUCAUUGGUCUGGGGAAGAAGAAGCCGUCCACAGACGAGCAGACGUCAUCGGCUGAGGAGGACGUGCCCACGUGCGGCUACCUCAACGUGCUCUCCAACAACCGCUGGCGGGAGCGCUGGUGCAGAGUGAAAGAUAAUAAGCUCAUUUUCCACAAGGACAGGACCGACCUGAAGACCCACAUCGUGUCCAUCCCUCUCCGUGGCUGUGAGGUGAUCCCGGGCUUAGACUCCAAACACCCCCUGACGUUCCGACUGCUUCGCAAUGGACAGGAGGUUGCUGUAUUAGAGGCCUCUUCUUCUGAAGACAUGGGCAGAUGGAUUGGUAUCUUGCUAGCAGAGACAGGGUCAUCCACAGACCCGGGCGCUCUGCACUACGACUACAUCGAUGUGGAGAUGUCUGCGAGUGUCAUUCAGACAGCCAAACAGACCUUCUGUUUCAUGAACAGGCGUGUCAUAUCGACGAACCCCUACCUAGGGGGCACCUCAGACGGCUACGCGCACCCCAGCGGGACGGCGCUGCAUUACGACGACGUCCCGUGCAUCAACGGCUCGUGGGAACCAGAAGAUGGCUUUCCUGCCUCCUCUAGCAGAGGCCUGGGAGAAGAGGUGCUUUAUGAUAACGCAGGCCUGUACGAUAACUUGCCGUCUCCGAAAAUCUUUGCCCGCUACUCUGCUGCUGACAGAAAGGCUUCUAGGUUACCUCCUGACAAGCUGUCCUCUAACCAUUACAAACACCCUGCCUCCUCCGGGCUGCCUCCCGCUCAGUCUGUCACUAACACCUCUUCUGUGGGGAGGGCAUCUCUCGGGCUCAACUCCCAGUUCAAGGGUAAGAAACCCCCAGCGACAUCUAAUGGGGUCACAGGGAAAGGGAAGGCUCAGAGCAGCCAGCAGAAAAAGGCUGACUCGGCAGUCAGCGUGAAACGCACGGCUUCAAAUGCUGACCAGUACAAGUAUGGCAAGAACCGGGUGGAAGCAGAUGCUAAGCGGUUACAAAGCAAAGAAGAGGAGCUACUGAAGAGGAAGGAGGCCCUGCGGAAUAGGCUGGCUCAGCUCCGGAAAGAAAGAAAAGACCUUCGAGCUGCCAUCGAAGUCAACGCUGGCAGGAAGACCCAAGUGAUCCUGGAAGAUAAGUUACGGAAGCUGGAGGAGGAGUGUAAGCAGAAGGAGGCAGAGCGCGUCAACCUGGAGCUGGAGCUGACGGACGUCAAGGAAAGCCUGAAGAAAGCUCUGGCGGGCGGGGUCACCCUGGGGCUGGCCAUCGAGCCGAAAUCAGGGACUUCGAGUCCACAGUCUCCAGUGUUGCGGCAUCGGACUCUGGAGAACUCGCCCAUCUCCAGCUGUGACACCAGCGAUGCAGAAGGCCCCCUGCCGGUGAACAGCGCCGCUGUCCUGAAGAAGAGCCAGCCAGCCUCGGGCAGCUCCCCCUGCCGAGGGCACGUGCUGAGGAAGGCCAAGGAGUGGGAGCUGAAGAACGGGACAUAGAGGAACGCGAGCCUGCUCGUCCCUUCACCGGGGUCGUCUGUGUGAUCGCCGAAGCCCCACCCGAAGUGGCCUCGACUACACAAACGACUGAGGCGUUGCGACUGAGUUCUGAUAUCCACUCCUUGGCCCUGGCACACGUGUAUUUUUUCUACUGUCCUUUAAAACGAUUUACUUGUGAGACUUUGGCUUCCAACUUUAUUAGAACAAAAAGGGAUACAAAGGUAUUGUAGAGGCUCCCGUGGCGGGCGGGGAUGCCAUGUCUUUCUAAGCAGCUGAGUGACUGCUUUGACCCACACCAGCUAGCCCCGACCAAAGAGGGGUGGUUCCAUGAGUCCUGGACGAGACCGUGGGUCAGGCAUGGAGGGGCUCGGACCCUGGCUGCUCCCGUGGCUGCUCUGGCCGUGGGUGUGACCACGUGGGGGCGUCGAGCCCACCUCAUGCCUGCCGAGAGGGUCAGGGGUCACGUAGCCCUGACGUGAAUGGCAUGGGCUCUGUGUGUCUCAGCGUCCCCUUCCCCACGUGCCUGACCCUGGUCACUUACAGGCACGAGAAAUUUGUGCUGUGAAGCAUUUUUUACCUUUUAGUUCUUUUUGAAAGGUUUUUGGACAGGUGCUUUUGUCACCAGGACAGGAAAAGCUGCCAUUGUUUUAGCCCUCUCCCCUUUUAUAAAUGUCUUUACUGUGUGCUGCACUUAGAUCUAAGGGUUGCUCAGAGACCCCGCACCCCGUUUCAUGAACUCUGAACUGCUUUGGAAAAGAGCAGCAGAGUCUUCAACACUUCGCUCAUGUGUGCCCCCACCCAGCCCGAGACACCCAGCCUGUCCCACCUCUGCAGACUGGCCCGUGCUCCGCAGAGGACAGCUCUGGUUUGACUCGGCAUCUGUAGGGCCUUCCCCGAUGCAUGGGGCCAUGGCAGUCCUGUAGGAAGAAAGCCAGCUCUGGGACUUGUACAGUCGUCACACUGUACCGUCUUCAAGCAGGGUCUCCGAGAGCUUCCUGCACCUCCUCAGCUCCUUCCCCUGUCUGUAAACUUAAGCCAUGAAUGGGGCUCUGGGCCUGGCCUUGCUUCCUCUCCCGAGCACGACAAGGCCGGGGGGGCCUCGUCCCAUUGUCUGGCUUGCCUUCUGUGCAAUAUUUUUGGAGCAUUCAGAUGCCUAAGACAUGAAGAGAGUGUGUAGGUCAGACGAGUUCCUGCGCCGUAGCUCUAACAGCCAGGCAUUCUCUAUGUGGAAAGAUGCGGUGACUGGUAAGGAAACAGAAGCAAGUCGCCCAGAACCCUCUGCAGGCUGGCUCCCAGAGACCAGUCACCAUGUGUGUGCCGGGCUCCUUCCCAAAGCGCAGCAGUGGGGACACGUCUGCCUGGACGUGGGCCUCCCACGCACAUCUGGACCGUCUCCAUGUUAUAGGGAGGGAGAGGUGGCAGGGCAGCAGUCUCCUGCGUUUCCCCACAGACGCACUUUCAGAACACCUCUGCAGGUCAGCCAUAUCGCCCACAGGCCUCCACAGCUGGGCGAGUGCUAACCUAGGUCAUUGCCCACAGGCCUCCACAGCCGGGUGGGUGCUAACCUAGGUCAUCGCCCACAGGUCUCCACAGCCAGUGGGUGCUGGUGGGUGCUAACUUAGGUCAGCCGUAUCACCCACAGGCCUCCACAGCCAGGGUGAGUGCUAACCUAGGUCAGCCGAAUCACCCACAGGCCUCCACAGCCAGGGUGAGUGCUAACCUAGGUCAUCGCCCACAGGCCUCCACAGCCGGGUGGGUGCUAACCUAGGUCAGCCAUAUUGCCCACAGGCCUCCGCAGCCGGGUGAGUGCCAACCUCCUGGCCCGACGCUCUGUGUGAGCCGUGUUGGAUUUGGUGGCGGGAAGCUAGUCCCCGGGUACAGGGAGGUUUUACAGCACAGGUCGGAAGCUGCUUAGCUUGAGUCCACCUGAAACUUGAAUGGAGUGCGAAGCCAUCUGCUAGGAGCAUGUCCGGCUCGUGGCAUUCUCACGCUGGAGCUCCGUCCUUCUCGGUGUGCUCCACGGAGGCACAUCCCACCAGCAUCGACGAGGCAGGGAGGCCGGGCGAGGAAGCCUUCCAAACACGCGGGCCGCCCUCAGGCGCUGCUGAGGAGCCCCUCUCCUGUCCUGGUGGUUUCCUGUCGUAGGAAGCUGUGGCCACUUGUGUCAUAGGAAGCUCAUUUCCUAAUAAGGAGAAAAGCUUCAUCUACCAUAGGUUUUUGUCGCGUUCAGGUCAAAGCAGCUUCUCAUGUUAAGGCUGUCAGGUCUUUCUGAUUGGCCAUCUUCUUUGCUCAAGAGAACCGUGUCACGUUCUGACUGUUACUCGAGGGGAAAGAGCCAGCCCGAACUGCUCCUUGCCCAGCAGUGGGCGCCGGCAGUCUGGGGGCGGGUGUCAGAGCACCCAGGGGAGCGCAUGGACCUCCAACAUCGCCUCGCUGGCGCCUCCGCCUUGCACAUGGAGACCCCAAUGCCCUGGCCAGCCGGUCAGAUCGGUGUCCAAGCCAGGAUUGGGGUGCUGGUCCUCAGGCCCCCAGCGUGUGUGAGAGACCCGGGGUGUAAGUUCCCUUUGAUAACCAGCAGCCUUAGAGCGCACGGCAGAGCCAGCGAGCCGGCGCCGCUCCACGCGGAGGCAUGGCCUCUCUGCUGACGUGUGUUCCCUGGGCAUUUUUAGACUUGAUCAGAAAGGUAGUCUAAAGCAUCUGCAUCCGAGUAAGUUAUUUAUUUGUAUAUGUUCAGUAAAUGUAGUUUUAAUUUAUGUCUGUACAUACUAGAAACAGGCGACACCUUGUCUGAAUUACCACAGUGAUCUCUGCACUACCCUCCAAACGUGCCCCAGGGUGGAGCACCCCCUUGCUUCUGGCCCCCGAGUGCAGCAGCCUGCACUGGAAUACAGCCGGGCUGAGCGUGCGAAAGGCCCGGCCGACCCCGUGCUGCGAGGGAGCAGGUCACGUCCUCUGGGAGAAGUCAGGGGCCCUUUGUAAUGUCACCAGGACUGUAACCCUUGUGUUCUUGGUGCUGGCCAGGCUGUUCCAGGGUGCCGACAGUGAGUGAGGCGCUGGGCCGUACAGGCAGGGCUGGCUGGAGGACGGGACAGGCCGGGCAGCUAAGUUCGACGGGUCUCAGGGCCCCUUCUAUGACCCCUGAGGCCACGAUGUUAUCCCUCAGGGUUCUGCUUCGGGCAGUAUUUCAUCCCCAGCACCGAGGUCCCCUCCACGUGUGUGCUUUACAGUGUUCCGCUGUCUAGCCAGCCUCUCCCAGGAGCACUGUGAGGGUCCCAGGAGGGCCCCUUUGGUACCCCCUGACCCGGGCGCAGCCUGGGCCCUCAUUUCCCCUGCCCGAAUUCUGUGAGGAUCCAGCAACGCAGCUGUGCCUGUGCCCGAGAAGCCAGCAGCUCCCCACAGGGCCCCCGAGUCGGUGGCCCCACCGCAGGGUGACCAGUGUGGCUCUGCCCAGUGGGCCCACAGGUGAGCGUGACUGGCCAGUCUGGGGUCUCUGCAGAGCCCUUCUCCCAGGCUAACUGGUGGCUGCUUCCAGUCACGGGCGAGACCAUCUUGUUCCCCCUGGGUGCGCCUCAGUGGCCAAGCAUGAACUUCCUGUGUUCAUCUCUCCUGUCCCAGAGUCAUUUCCAGCUGUUCUCAGAUAACCGGGACUACUCUGACAGGUCAGCGGCGUGCCACACCUGUAAAGUCUGUUUCAAAAAGAGUGUGUCCUGGGCUCCAAGGGCCCUCCGGGAAGCGGGUCCAGAUUCCUUGUAAUCAGGGCAACAAUUGGGAGUUUGUGUCCGGGUGUCCGAAGGGCAGCUUGGAAGCUGGGGUUGGGGUGGGGGAGGUGGGCAAAAGUCAUUUCUUUGUGGUCACCUCUUACUUUCCAGAAGGGACAGUGAGUCUGCUUCCACGCUAUUUGGGGCAAAGGCGAAGUAGCCCACAGACCUGGCUCUCCGGCAGCGUUGUGCUUCUCACCGCAGUCGCGUGGUUAGAAGCCUUCUCAGGACGGGCCGCCGCAGCGUGUGCUCAGGGGCCUCUUCCACCGGGCAGCAGGAGCUUAGCUCAACCUGCAGCUGACUUCUGAGACUGGACAGCUGGCGGGGCGCUGACCCCUGAGCUCCCUGGCAGCCCCCAGUCAAGCAGAUCAGGUGCUUGUGUGAGUAGCCCCUUCCAGGAGACAGCACUGGAGGGUCCUGCAGACCGAGCAGCCAAGGUGCUCCUCAGCCUCCGUCAAGGUCAUGGCAAUACUCCAAUGUUAAAUGACUGCCUUUGUUUUCUGUCUAAAAUGGUGUUUAAUAAUAAUAAUAGUAAUACUUUCAAAUUGAUGGCAUAAUUUUAAAUAAGAUAAUUAACAUUUUUGUUCCUAUUGUUAUUACUGCCUUCCCGUCCCCACGAAGGUCCGGGUUAAAUACUGUGAAAUAAACUAAAACGAAAUGAACUAAACUUUUCCUGCCGUGUACACACCAGGCACAGCCUCGCGGAAGAAGCAGAACCACCUCUGUAAACACCCACGCCAUCGCAGGGCAACCUGCUGUUAAAGAAGGGAACCGCUCCCGUGGAAGCCGCUGGCCUCGGGUGUAGUAUGCUUUUGCUCGUCCUUCGUCAGAUAUUUCUUCCAGAAAACCUCCGCUUCACAGUGUCCAAGUAUUGUUGAGUAUUUCCAGUUGUUAAUCUCAACGUGAGAUCUUCAGAUCAUCAUUCUUAGGGACCAAAGGUGUUUUUUAACAGAAGAAAUCUUUUUAUUUGAUUUUCUAACAAGAAAGUUAGUAUUCGCUCUGAAUUUUCACAUCAGCUUUUAAAUGAUAGAUACUCAGAAUUAAUCGACCAUGGCUAUCAGUUGUAAAGUGUUUUCAUAUUAAGAAUGUAAUUAUUUCCUUAUUGUAUUUUUUCAAAACUAAAGUCCUAUUUAAAAUUCUCUGUGAAAGAAACAGGCAAAGUAACAGGAAAGAUUUUUUUUAAUUAACUAUGUUGGUAGUGCCCAUUUUAAAUGACUGUAAAUAUAUUUUCACUGUGUUUCUCAAUGUAUUUAAUUCAUAAAGUUAAAAAAAAUUUAUGAAAAGAAACUUGCAAUGGCAAGACUAGUUUUCAGUCCACUUCCCAUUUUCUAGUAGUCUCUCUUGAAUCCUGUGCUUCCCUAAUUGAUUUUCUACUGUUUUCCAUGGGGCAGCCCCAGGACAGGCGCCCGUUGGCGUGACCCGUUAUGUAUUCUUAAUAAAACCGUACUCUUCCGACGAG